UCCCCACCCCCUCCAGGAAAAGCAGCUUCUGCAGAAGAUGUUAUCUCUCUUUCCGAAAAAGGUCCUUCGCCUUCUGCAAGUGAUUAUCUGAAUCUCAUUCCUUCUGAUGAAAGGAUAAUUCUUCCAGACGAUGAUGAGCCGGAUCCACAUAGAGUUCGACCUAGGCCUGCACCCCGAAUGGUGCAAUCAGCGCUUUCUGAAAUGCUCUCUCAGUCUUCCCACAGAUCCUCCAAAUAUCGCCGAAGCAUGAGUGGCAUUCCAAAUCUACAGGAAACAUUAAAAGAGAGACAGGCAAGAUUUAGAGAUGCAAGGGAAAGCCGAAAACUGAAAAUUGACCCUUUAUACAAAUAUAUAUUUGAAAUUCUAUCUGAAAAGCUUGGCCUGGACUUAGUAACUGUUGAAGAAUUAAUUUUGGAUUGCCCAUCUCUGGAAGCAUUUACUCGUUUUUUUAUGAAAGAUGGUUGUAAGACAUUGAAAUUUCUGUACCAGGAAGGAGAUGUACCUGGUCUGGACUGUGGUCGAACUAUUGCUGGAGCGACGAAAGGGGCAAAAAUGAUGAGAUUGUAUAUAGACAGCGCAGCCCCUGAGAAACUAAAGGGACUGUGUAUAUUUUUUGUUCGCUGUCGCAAUGAUGUUGCUAUAAAUAUUAAAAAUAUUCAGGAGGAUGUACUAUUUACUGUUCUGGAUGCGUCAGAAGGACUCCUAAUUGGGAUUAGGAAUAUGCUGGCAAAUAUAUUUCUACCAGCUAUUCUUGCAACAAAUAGUUGGGGUGCUUUAAACCAGUCCAAGCAAGGAGAAUCUGAAAAACACAUUUUCACUGAAACCAUCAAUAGAUAUCUUUCAUUUUUAGAUGGUGCUACAAUAAGUAUUGAGGGAACAGUUAAGUUAAAGAAGGUAGACAAUGUUGAUUUCUCCAAGCUGCAUACCUUUGAAGAAGUGACAGUUGCAGCUAGCAAUUCAGAAACUGUUCGUCAGCUAGAGGACGUGCUGAUGAUAUGGUACAAACAGAUUGAACAGGUACUUAUUGAGAGUGAACAGAUGAGAAAAGAAGCUGAUGACUCAGGUCCACUCACCGAAUUGGAACACUGGAAACGCAUGUCAGCCAAAUUCAAUUACAUCAUUGAACAGAUUAAAGGGCCAAGUUGUAAGGCUGUCAUAAAUGUGCUUAAUGUUGCACAUUCCAAACUGUUAAAGAAUUGGCGUGAUUUAGAUGCAAGAAUCACUGAUACAGCAAAUGAAUCAAAGGAUAAUGUCAGAUAUUUGUACACUCUAGAAAAAGUAUGUCAACCUCUCUAUAACUAUGACCUAGUUUCCAUGGCACAUGGAAUACAAAAUUUGAUUAAUGCCAUCAGGAUGAUUCACGGUGUGUCAAGAUAUUAUAAUACCUCAGAGAGAAUGACCUCAUUGUUUAUCAAGGUAACAAAUCAAAUGGUGACAGCAUGUAAAGCAUAUAUUACUGAUGGAGGAGUUAACCACGUUUGGGAUCAGGAAACACCGGUGGUACUAAAGAAAAUUCAGGAUUGCAUUUUUCUAUUCAAGGAAUAUCAGACAUCUUUUCACAAAACAAGGAAACAAAUUUUAGAAUCCUCAGGGGAGAAAUCUUUUGAGGUUUCAGAAAUGUAUAUAUUUGGAAAAUUUGAAGCUUUCUGCAAAAGAUUGGAGAAGAUUACAGAAAUGAUAACUAUUGUGCAAACAUAUUCCGCCUUGAGUAAUUCUACCAUAGAGGGAAUAGAUAUUAUGGCAAUAAAAUUCAAAAAUAUCUAUCAAGGGGUUAAGAAAAAGCAAUAUGACAUUCUGGAUCCAAGAAGGACAGAAUUUGACACAGAUUUCUUAGAGUUCAUGGCAAAAAUCAACGGUUUAGAGGUACAAAUACAGGCAUUUAUGAACAGUACUUUUGGAAAAAUCUUAUCUUCUCAGCAGGCUCUUCAGUUGCUUCAAAGAUUCCAGAAGCUGAAUAUUCCCUGUCUUCAAAUAGAAAUAAACCACACAGUUGAGCGAAUUCUUCAGUGUUACGUGGCUGAACUUGAAGCUACUAAGAAGCUUUAUCAUUCUCAAAAAGAUGACCCCCCUCUUGCUCGCAACAUGCCCCCGAUAGCAGGAAAAAUACUUUGGGUGAGGCAGCUCUACCGCCGGAUAAGUGAGCCCAUCAACUAUUUCUUUAAAAACUCAGAAAUUUUGUCCAGUGUGGAAGGUAAAGCUGUCAUUCGUCAGUAUAACAAAAUUUCCUAUGUUCUGGUGGAAUUCGAGGUGGUCUAUCAUACGGCAUGGGUCAGAGACAUCUCUCAGUUGCAGUACGCUUUACAAGCCACACUUUUUGUGCGACAUCCAGAAACAGGGAAGUUGCUGGUUAAUUUUGAUCCCAAAAUUUUGGAAGUUGUUCGGGAAACUAAGUGCAUGCUAAAAAUGAAGCUGGAUGUACCGGAACAGGCAAAGAGAUUGCUAAAAUUGGAAAGUAAAUUGAAAGCAGACAAAUUGUAUUUGCAGGGUCUUCUGCAAUAUUAUGAUGAGUUAUGUCAGGAAGUGCCUUCUGUAUUUGUCAAUCUGAUGACCCCUAAAAUGAAAAAGGUGGAGUCUGUGUUGAGACAAGGGCUCACAAUAUUAACAUGGUCAUCUUUAACACUAGAAAGCUUCUUUCAGGAAGUUGACUCAGUUUUGGAUAUGUUCAAUCAACUUUUAAAGAAGAUCAGUGACUUGUGUGAAAUGCAAAUUGAUACAGUUCUAAAGGAGAUAGCCAAAACCGUGUUAAUUUCCCUGCCUGAAAGUGGUGCUACCAAAGUAGAAGAUAUGUUGACGCUCAAUGAGACAUACACAAAAGAAUGGGCUGAGAUUCUAAACCACAAAAGUAGGCAUGUGGAAGAAGCUGUCAGAGAACUUAUAUCAAUAUUUGAGACUAUUUAUGAAGUAAAGCACAGUGGGAAAACAGCAAAACGUUUACCAGAACAGAAGAAACAUGUUGCUUUUGGAAGCGAAACAGAAGAGGGUGAGAGCACUGACUAUGAGACUAGUACUGUGACUGAGGUUGAUGUUAAUGACAAAGAUGAAUUUAAAAAGGAAUGUAAAGAGGUCUAUGCUUUUUUCUCUCAUCAAUUACUAGACAGUCUUCAAAAGGCUACACGGUUAUCUUUGGACACAAUGAAAAGAAGAAUAUUUGUUGCAAGCCAUUAUGGACGAAAGUGGUCAGAAGAUGUUGUUUCCUUUAUAAAAGCUGAAGUACAUCUUGCAAUUCCUAAUGUGGUAAUGGUUCCUAGUUUGGAUGACAUUCAACAAGCCAUUAACCGUAUGAUCCAGUUAACCCUGGAGGUCAGCAGAGGAGUGGCUCACUGGGGGCAACAGCAGACCCAUUACACGAAGCCUGUCAUUAGCAGUCCCUCGCGUACCACUACUGACAUGACCCAUUUAAGCACAGGGAAACAGUUGAAGAAGGAAGACAGAUCUUUUGAAGAAAUGAUUCCUGCAAGGAAGCUGAAGAAUUUUUAUCCGGGUGUAGCCGAGCACAAGGAUAUUUCCAAGCUGGUCCUUCUCCUCUCUUCCUCUGUGAAUUCUCUCAGGAAGGUGGCUCAUGAAGCCUUGCAGGACUUUCAAAAGUACAAGACGCUCUGGACUGAGGACCGAGAUGUGAAAGUGAAGGAGUUUUUGGCUAACAACCCCUCUCUCACUGAAAUCAGAUCAGAAAUUCUACACUAUGCUACUUUUGAACAGGAGAUUGAUGAGCUGAAGCCUGUUAUUGUUGUAGGAGCACUUGAACUGCAUACAGAGCCAAUGAAAUUGGCCUUAUCAAUUGAAGCUAAGGCAUGGAAGAUGUUACUCUGUCGAUAUUUGAAUGAAGAAUACAAAAAGAAAAUGUCAGACAUGAUAGCAUUUAUCAAUGAAUACUUGAAAAAGUUAUCUAGACCUAUUCGUGAUUUAGAUGACAUCAGAUUUGCAAUGGAAGCCUUGUCUUGUAUCCGUGAUAACGAAAUUCAAAUGGACAUGACUUUGGGACCAAUUGAAGAAGCCUAUGCUAUUUUAAACAGAUUUGAAGUUGAAGUAACCAAAGAAGAAUCAGAAGCAGUUGAUACCUUGAGAUAUUCUUUCAACAAAUUGCAGAGCAAAGCUGUUUCUGUACAAGAUGAACUAGUUCAAGUGCAGCCAAAGUUUAAAAGUAAUCUCCUUGAGUCUGUGGAAGUUUUUCGUGAGGAUGUAAUGGGCUUUUCAGAAGCAUAUGAGAAGGAAGGACCCAUGGUUCCAAAUAUACCACCCCAAGAAGCUAGCAACAGGCUACAGAUAUUUCAGGCCAAUUUUGAUGAUCUGUGGAGGAAAUUUGUUACAUAUUCAUCUGGUGAACAACUUUUUGGAUUGCCUGUGACUGACUAUGAGGUUUUACACAAAACCCGAAAGGAGCUCAACUUGCUGCAGAAACUUUAUGGACUGUAUGAUACUGUAAUGGGCAAUAUUAGUGGUUAUUAUGAAAUGCUUUGGGGAGAUGUAGACAUUGAAAAAAUUAAUGCAGAACUGCAGGAAUUUCAAAACAGAUGUCGUAAACUUCCAAAAGGUCUUAAAGAUUGGCAAGCUUUUUUGGAUCUGAAAAAAAGAAUUGAUGAUUUCAGUGAGUCAUGUCCUCUGCUAGAAAUGAUGACCAAUAAAGCAAUGAAACAGAGACACUGGGACCGAAUAUCCGAGUUAACUAAAACUCCAUUUGAUGUGGAAUCUGAUUCUUUCUGUCUUAGAAAUAUUAUGGAAGCACCACUCCUUAAAAAUAAGGAUGACAUUGAGGAUAUUUGCAUAUCUGCCAUUAAGGAGAAGGAUAUUGAAGCCAAGCUGACUCAGGUGGUUGAGAAUUGGACCAACCAGAACCUGAUUUUUGCAGCAUUUAAGGGAAAAGGAGAACUCCUGCUCAAAGGAACUGAAUCGGCAGAAAUUAUCACCUUGAUGGAGGAUAGUUUAAUGGUCUUAGGUUCCUUGCUAAGCAACAGAUAUAAUGCUCCAUUUAAAAAAAAUAUCCAGAACUGGGUGUAUAAACUGUCCACUUCCUCAGAUAUAAUUGAAGAGUGGCUAAUAGUUCAGAACCUUUGGGUUUAUCUUGAAGCUGUCUUUGUAGGUGGAGAUAUUGCCAAACAGCUACCUCAGGAAGCAAAACGUUUUCAGAAUAUUGACAAGUCGUGGAUAAAGAUAAUGCAGCGAGCUCACGAGAAUCCCAAUGUGAUUAGUUGCUGUGUUGGAGAUGAAACUAUGGGGCAACUUUUACCUCAUUUACACGAACAGUUGGAAUUAUGUCAGAAGUCACUUACAGGGUAUUUGGAGAAGAAGCGAUUACUAUUUCCAAGAUUCUUCUUUGUAUCUGAUCCAGUUCUCCUGGAAAUUCUUGGGCAAGCCAGUGAUUCCCACACCAUACAGCCACAUCUCCCUGCAGUAUCUGACAACAUAAAUGAGGUGACAUUUCACGCAAAGGACUAUGAUCGCAUCCUGGCCGUCAUAUCAAGAGAAGGAGAAAAAAUCAUUUUGGAUACUCCUGUGAUGGCCAAAGGUCCUGUGGAGAUUUGGCUUAUGGAAUUGUUAAAAAUGCAGAUGUCAUCAUUACAUAAUAUAAUUCGAUCCGCAUACUAUCAAAUCAGUGAUUCAGGAUUUCAGCUCUUACCUUUCCUCAAUCACUUUCCAGCGCAGGUUGGGCUUCUGGGAAUUCAGAUGUUGUGGACACAUGAUUCGGAAGAGGCUUUAAAUAAUGCAAAAGAUGACAGGAAAAUCAUGCAAGUGACAAAUCAGAAAUUUUUGGAUAUUCUGAAUACUCUAAUUAGUCAGACAACACAUGACCUAAGCAAGUUUGAAAGAGUGAAGUUUGAAACUCUAAUUACCAUCCAUGUGCAUCAGAGAGAUAUUUUUGAUGACUUGGUAAAAAUGCAUAUCAGAUCUGUUACUGAUUUUGAAUGGCUAAAACAGAGUAGAUUUUAUUUUAAGGAAGAUUUGGAUCAAACCGUGGUGUCUAUUACAGAUGUUGAUUUUAUUUACCAAAAUGAAUUUCUGGGAUGCACUGAUCGUCUUGUUAUCACUCCAUUAACAGAUAGGUGCUAUAUCACUUUAGCACAGGCUUUGGGAAUGAACAUGGGAGGUGCUCCAGCAGGACCCGCGGGCACUGGCAAAACAGAAACCACAAAAGACAUGGGAAGAUGUUUAGGAAAAUAUGUGGUCGUGUUUAACUGCUCAGAUCAAAUGGAUUUCCGAGGGCUAGGGAGGAUUUUUAAAGGUCUUGCACAGUCAGGUUCUUGGGGCUGUUUUGAUGAAUUUAACAGAAUUGAAUUGCCUGUGUUAUCAGUGGCAGCCCAACAAAUUUAUAUCGUUUUGACAGCAAGAAAAGAGAGAAAAAAACAGUUCAUUUUUUCUGAUGGUGAUUGUGUUGAUUUAAAUCCAGAAUUUGGAAUCUUCUUAACAAUGAACCCUGGAUAUGCUGGGCGUCAGGAACUACCAGAAAACUUAAAAAUUCAAUUUAGAACUGUUGCUAUGAUGGUUCCUGAUAGACAGAUCAUUAUGCGAGUUAAACUUGCAAGCUGCGGUUUUCUUGAAAAUGUUAUCUUGGCUCAAAAGUUUUAUGUUCUUUACAAGCUCUGUGAAGAGCAACUUACUAAGCAGGUUCAUUAUGACUUUGGGUUGAGAAAUAUUCUGUCUGUAUUGAGGACACUCGGAUCUCAAAAAAGAGCCAGACCAGAAGACAGUGAAUUAAGCACGGUCAUGAGAGGACUAAGAGAUAUGAACCUUUCUAAAUUGGUCGAUGAAGAUGAACCCCUGUUCCUCAGCUUAAUCAAUGACCUGUUUCCUGGAUUACAGCUGGAUAGUAAUACUUACGUGGAACUACAAGCUGCAGUAGCCAACCAGGUUCAGAUAGAAGGUUUGAUUAACCAUCCACCCUGGAAUCUCAAACUUGUGCAGUUAUACGAGACAUCGCUAGUACGUCACGGCUUGAUGACCCUUGGGCCCAGUGGUUCCGGGAAGACAACUGUUAUAACAAUCCUGAUGAAGGCAUUAACAGAAUGCGGGAGGCCUCAUAGAGAAAUGCGCAUGAAUCCAAAAGCUAUUACUGCACCUCAGAUGUUUGGCAGACUGGACACUGCUACCAAUGACUGGACAGAUGGGAUUUUUUCUACUCUGUGGAGGAAAACAUUAAAAGCUAAAAAAGGUGAAAACAUUUUCCUUAUUUUAGAUGGUCCUGUAGAUGCCAUUUGGAUCGAGAACUUAAAUUCUGUGUUGGACGACAAUAAAACUCUCACGUUAGCUAAUGGAGAUCGCAUCCCCAUGGCCCCUAGUUGUAAGCUUUUGUUCGAAGUCCACAAUAUUGAGAAUGCCUCUCCUGCCACGGUUUCUAGGAUGGGCAUGGUCUACAUCAGCAGCUCUGCUCUCAGCUGGAGGCCAAUAUUACAGGCAUGGUUGAAGAAGCGCACUGCACAGGAGGCUUCUGUGUUCCUAGCUCUGUAUGAUAAAGUGUUUGAAGAUGUAUAUACAUUUAUGAAACUAAACCUCAAUCCAAAAAUGCAACUCUUAGAGUGCAACUAUAUUAUGCAAUCUCUCAAUCUUCUGGAAGGUUUAAUUCCCUCCAAAGAAGAAGGUGGUAUUUCAUGUGUUGAACAUCUUCAUAAAUUAUUUGUGUUUGGCCUGAUGUGGAGUUUAGGAGCCCUUCUGGAGCUGGAAAGCAGAGACAAGCUUGAAGCCUUUCUACGAAAACAUGAAAGCAAGUUAGACUUACCAGAAAUACCUAAAGGCACGAAUCAAACCAUGUAUGAGUUUUAUGUUACUGAUUAUGGUGAUUGGGAGCACUGGAAUAAGAAACUUCAGCCAUAUUAUUAUCCAACUGACAGUAUCCCAGAAUAUUCAUCAAUUUUGGUUCCAAAUGUUGACAAUGUCAGGACAAAUUUUUUGAUAGACACCAUUGCAAAACAACAUAAAGCUGUUUUGCUCACAGGAGAGCAGGGAACUGCAAAAACUGUAAUGGUUAAGGCCUAUUUGAAAAAAUAUGAUCCUGAAGUACAGUUAUCUAAAAGUCUGAACUUUUCAUCUGCCACAGAACCAAUGAUGUUUCAGAGAACAAUUGAAAGCUACGUGGAUAAGCGAAUGGGCAGUACAUAUGGGCCACCAGGAGGCAGAAAAAUGACGGUCUUUAUUGAUGAUAUUAAUAUGCCCGUGAUUAAUGAAUGGGGAGAUCAGAUAACUAAUGAGAUUGUGCGACAGAUGAUGGAAAUGGAAGGAAUGUAUAGCUUGGAUAAGCCUGGAGACUUCACUACUAUUGUCGAUGUGCAGCUCAUAGCAGCAAUGAUUCACCCUGGAGGUGGUCGAAAUGAUAUUCCACAACGUUUAAAAAGACAGUUUACUGUGUUUAAUUGCACACUGCCUUCAAAUGCUUCAAUAGACAAAAUUUUUGGAAUUAUUGGCUGUGGAUACUUUGAUCCUUGCAGAAAGUUCAAACCUGAAAUAUGUGAGAUGAUUGCGAAUUUAGUUUCAGCGGGCAGAGUGCUGUGGCAGUGGACUAAGGUCAAGAUGCUACCAACUCCUUCUAAAUUUCAUUACAUUUUCAAUCUUCGAGAUCUUUCCAGAAUUUGGCAAGGAAUGUUAACCAUAAAAGCUGAGGAGUGUAAUUCAAUGUUGGUUCUCCUGUCACUUUUCAAACACGAGUGCAACAGAGUAAUUGCAGACAGAUUUAUAACUCCUGAAGACGAGCAGUGGUUUAAUGCGCAUCUUGUUCGUGCAGUUGAAGAAAAUAUUGGCUCAGAUGUGGCGUCAUCUAUUCUUCCCGAGCCAUACUUUGUAGAUUUUCUCCGUGAGAUGCCUGAACCAACUGGUGAAGAACCUGAAGACACUGCCUUUGAAGUCCCCAAAGUCUAUGAAUUGGUCCCAUCCUUUGACUUUCUGUCUGAAAAACUCCAGUUUUACCAAAGACAGUUUAAUGAAAUCAUUAGAGGAACAUCUCUUGAUCUGGUGUUUUUUAAAGACGCGAUGACUCAUCUUAUUAAGAUUUCACGAAUAAUUCGAACAUCAUGUGGAAAUGCAUUGCUGGUGGGUGUUGGUGGUUCAGGAAAACAAAGCCUUUCGAGAUUGGCCUCUUUUAUAGCUGGAUAUCAAAUAUUCCAGAUAACAUUAACCAGGUCAUAUAAUGUGAAUAAUCUAACAGACGACUUAAAAGGUUUGUACAAAGUUGCUGGUGCUGAUGGAAAAGGCAUCACUUUCAUUUUUACUGACAAUGAAAUAAAAGAUGAAGCAUUUCUGGAAUAUCUUAACAACCUGCUGUCUUCGGGGGAGAUCUCCAAUUUGUUUGCACGAGAUGAGAUGGAUGAAAUCACCCAAAGUCUCAUAUCGGUGAUGAAAAGGGAGCUGCCUCGCCAUCCUCCGACAUUUGAUAAUCUGUAUGAGUACUUCAUCUCAAGGUCAAGGAAGAACUUGCAUGUGGUUCUCUGCUUUUCUCCAGUUGGUGAGAAGUUCCGUGCCCGUUCUUUGAAAUUUCCUGGCUUGAUAUCAGGUUGCACUAUGGACUGGUUCAGUCGCUGGCCAAAGGAGGCUCUGAUCGCCGUGGCCUCCUAUUUCCUUUCAGGCUAUAGUAUUGUCUGCUCUAGUGACACUAAAAGACAAGUCGUAGAAACAAUGGGCCUCUUUCAUGACAUGGUUUCAGAGAGCUGUGAAAAUUAUUUCCAAAGAUACCGCCGAAGAGCACAUGUGACUCCCAAAUCUUAUCUCUCUUUUAUAAAUGGUUAUAAAAACAUUUAUACUGAAAAGGUGAAAUAUAUUAAUGAACAAGCUGAACGUAUGAAUAUUGGUCUUGAUAAGCUUAUGGAGGCAAGUGAGUCCGUUGCGAAACUCUCUCAAGAUCUUGCAGUAAAGGAGAAGGAAUUGGCAGUGGCUUCUGUAAAAGCAGAUGAAGUAUUAGCAGAAGUCACAGUAAGUGCUCAGGCUUCAGCCAAAGUAAAAAAUGAAGUGCAGGAGGUAAAAGACAAAGCCCAAAAAAUUGUGGAUGAAAUUGAUAGUGAAAAAGUAAAAGCGGAGACUAAACUUGAGGCGGCUAAACCUGCACUGGAAGAAGCAGAGGCGGCCCUGAAUACUAUCAAGCCAAACGAUAUUGCCACAGUCAGGAAACUUGCGAAGCCCCCACAUCUUAUUAUGAGAAUCAUGGACUGUGUUCUGUUGCUAUUUCAAAAGAAAAUCGACCCUGUUACUAUGGAUCCAGAAAAACCUUGCUGCAAGCCAUCAUGGGGAGAGUCAUUAAAAUUGAUGAGUGCAACAGGAUUCCUGUGGAGCCUUCAGCAGUUCCCUAAAGACACUAUAAAUGAAGAGACUGUUGAAUUACUACAGCCAUAUUUUAAUAUGGAUGAUUACUCUUUUGAAAGUGCCAAAAAAGUCUGUGGGAAUGUGGCUGGUCUGCUGUCUUGGACACUUGCUAUGGCAACAUUUUAUGGUGUCAAUAGAGAAGUGUUGCCACUGAAGGCUAACCUGGCCAAGCAAGAGGGCCGUUUGGCAGUCGCCAAUGCUGAACUGGGGAAGGCGCAGGCAAUGCUUGAUGAAAAACAGGCUGAGCUGGACAAAGUGCAAGCAAAAUUCGAUGCAGCAAUGAAUGAGAAAAUGGAUUUGCUUAACGAUGCUGAUAUGUGCCGGAAAAAGAUGCAGGCAGCUUCCGCUCUCAUCGAUGGGCUGAGCGGAGAGAAAGUCCGAUGGACUCAGCAAAGUAAAGAGUUCAAAGCUCAGAUUAAUAGACUCGUAGGUGAUGUUCUGCUGUGCACUGGAUUCCUUUCCUAUCUUGGUCCUUUCAAUCAAAUAUUUAGGAACUAUUUGCUUAAGGAUCAAUGGGAGAUAGAGUUGAGAGCACGGAAGAUUCCUUUCACUGAAAACCUAAAUCUUAUUUCAAUGUUGGUGGAUCCUCCAACAAUUGGCGAGUGGGGGCUGCAGGGGUUACCAGGAGAUGACCUCUCAAUUCAGAAUGGCAUCAUUGUGACAAAGGCCACCAGAUACCCACUCCUCAUAGAUCCACAAACUCAAGGCAAAACUUGGAUUAAAUCAAAGGAAAAAGAAAAUGACUUGCAGGUAACAUCUCUGAACCAUAAAUAUUUCCGCACACACUUGGAGGACAGCCUUUCCUUGGGCCGACCCCUUCUCAUUGAGGACAUUCGUGAAGAACUGGAUCCAGCCCUGGACAACGUAUUAGAAAAGAAUUUCAUUAAAUCGGGCACCACUUUCAAGGUGAAAGUCGGUGAUAAGGAAUGUGAUAUCAUGGAUACAUUUAAACUUUAUAUUACAACAAAGUUACCAAACCCUGCCUUCACCCCUGAGAUCAAUGCUAAAACAUCAGUCAUUGAUUUCACCGUGACGAUGAAGGGUCUUGAGAAUCAGUUACUGAGGAGAGUGAUUCUAACAGAGAAACAGGAGUUAGAGUCUGAAAGGGUUAAACUUUUGGAAGAUGUGACUUUUAAUAAGCGGAAGAUGAAAGAACUUGAAGAUAACCUCCUCUACAAAUUAAGCGCUACAAAAGGUUCCUUGGUAGAUGACGAAUCUCUCAUCGGUGUGCUUCGAACCACCAAGCAGACAGCGGCUGAAGUAAGUGAAAAGCUACACGUGGCUGCAGAGACGGAGAUCAAGAUUAACCUGGCUCAGGAGGAGUUCCGGCCUGCAGCCACCCGCGGAAGCAUCCUCUACUUUCUCAUCACAGAGAUGAGCAUGGUCAACAUCAUGUACCAGACCUCGCUGGCCCAGUUCUUGAAGUUAUUUGACCAGUCUAUGGCCAGGUCUGAGAAGUCUCCACUACCUCAGAAGAGAAUUACAAAUAUUAUUGAGUAUCUGACAUAUGAAGUUUUUACAUACUCUGUCAGAGGCCUGUAUGAAAACCACAAAUUCCUCUUUGUACUCCUCAUGACCUUGAAGAUCGAUCUUCAGCGAGGAACCGUGAAGCACAGAGAGUUUCAAGCUCUCAUUAAAGGGGGAGCAGCCCUGGAUCUGAAAGCCUGCCCUCCCAAACCGUUUCGCUGGAUCCUCGAUAUGACCUGGCUGAACCUUGUGGAGCUAAGUAAACUUCCGCAAUUUGCAGAAAUUAUGAACCAGAUAUCUCGUAAUGAGAAGGGAUGGAAAAGCUGGUUUGAUAAAGAUGCUCCAGAGGAAGAAAUUAUCCCGGAUGGAUAUAACGAUUCACUGGAUACCUGCCGUAAACUUUUACUGAUCAGGUCUUGGUGCCCAGACCGUACUGUUUUUCAAGCAAGAAAGUAUAUUGCAGAUUCUUUGGAGGAUAAGUACACAGAACCAGUUAUCUUAAAUCUGGAGAAAACUUGGGAAGAAAGUGAUACACGAACACCUCUGAUAUGUUUCCUGUCCAUGGGAUCCGAUCCCACAAUUCAAAUUGACGCAUUGGCCAAGAAACUGAAGCUGGAAUGCAGAACUAUCUCAAUGGGGCAAGGACAAGAAGUACAUGCUCGAAAGCUGAUUCAGAUGUCGAUGCAGCAGGGUGGCUGGGUAUUACUGCAAAAUUGUCACCUGGGCCUAGAAUUCAUGGAAGAAUUACUAGAGACAUUAAUUACCACUGAAGCCAAUGACGAUUCUUUCCGAGUAUGGAUAACUACCGAGCCCCAUGAUCGAUUUCCAAUUACAUUGCUUCAGACGUCUCUCAAAUUUACUAAUGAGCCACCCCAAGGAGUGCGUGCAGGUUUGAAGAGAACAUUUGCGGGAAUUAAUCAAGACCUUCUGGACGUCAGUAAUUUACCCAUGUGGAAACCGAUGCUUUACACAGUAGCGUUUUUACACUCCACUGUGCAGGAGCGACGCAAAUUUGGUCCCUUAGGAUGGAAUAUUCCCUAUGAAUUCAACUCUGCUGACUUUACAGCCAGUGUUCAGUUUAUUCAGAAUCACCUCGAUGAAUGCGAUAUUAAAAAAGGUGUAUCAUGGAGUACGGUUCGGUACAUGAUUGGAGAAGUACAAUAUGGCGGCAGAGUGACAGAUGACUUUGAUAAACGACUACUUAAUUGCUUUGCAAGAGUCUGGUUCAGUGAGAAGAUGUUUGAACCGUCGUUCUGUUUUUAUACUGGAUAUAAAAUCCCCUUGUGCAAAACUUUGGACCAGUAUUUUGAAUACAUCCAGUCAUUGCCAUCCCUGGAUAACCCCGAAGUCUUUGGGCUUCACCCUAAUGCCGAUAUCACGUAUCAGAGUAACACUGCUUCUGCUGUUCUUGAAACCAUUACCAACAUUCAACCCAAAGAGAGUGGAGGUGGAGUGGGAGAGACACGGGAAGCCAUUGUCUAUAGAUUAUCUGAAGACAUGCUGAGCAAGCUGCCUCCUGAUUACAUUCCUCAUGAGGUGAAAGCUCGUUUGAUAAAGAUGGGACAUCUUAAUUCAAUGAAUAUAUUUCUUAGACAAGAAAUUGACAGAAUGCAAAAAGUCAUCUCAAUACUUCGCAGUAGCCUGAGUGAUCUAAAAUUGGCCAUUGAAGGAACAAUCAUUAUGAGUGAGAACUUGAGAGAUGCCCUUGACAACAUGUAUGAUGCUCGUAUACCUCAGAUCUGGAAAAGAGUGUCCUGGGAUUCAUCUACACUGGGCUUCUGGUUUACUGAACUUUUGGAAAGAAAUGCUCAGUUUUCUACUUGGAUAUUUGAAGGAAGGCCCAAUGUGUUUUGGAUGACUGGUUUCUUUAAUCCCCAAGGCUUCCUCACAGCGAUGAGGCAAGAAGUGACCCGUGCCCACAAAGGCUGGGCCCUGGACUCCGUGACCAUCCACAAUGAGGUGCUGCGGCAGACCAAGGAGGAGAUCACAUCACCUCCUGUGGAAGGUGUGUAUAUUUAUGGGCUCUACAUGGACGGAGCGGCCUGGGACAGACGGAAUGGGAAGCUCACAGAAUCCACCCCCAAGGUGCUCUUCACACAGCUGCCUGUGCUGCACAUCUUCGCCAUUAAUUCCACCGCACCCAAGGACCCCAAGCUGUAUGUGUGUCCUAUUUACAAGAAACCGAGGCGAACUGACUUGACCUUCAUCACUGUAGUGUAUUUGCGAACAGUCUUGUCCCCAGAUCACUGGAUCCUGAGAGGGGUGGCCCUUUUGUGUGAUAUCAAGUAAGUUCAUUUCCACUUGCUGAAGGCAUCAGGGGCCAUGGAGACAGCCAAUGCUAUUGAGGGACUUGGUGAUAUGCAUCUUUUCUCCCUGAUAAUUGCUUGAUUCUUCUUUCUAAAUUAAAAAGUUGAUGUUCUACAAUUGCUUGUGUGUGUGGGUUUUCCCUCAUAUCAAUAUUCAAGAAGACAAUUCUAAACUAAUGCUUUUGUCCAAGGAAAUCAUAUUCCAUUCUAAUUAAUUUUUUAGAUCAAGUCCUAUCCUCAUGUUAGAACACUUUGGAAGGUUUGAAUUUAAAAAAGAAAACUAAAACAAACUAUUAAUUUGUUGUGUCUGAAAAGAAGCCUAGUAGAUGCAAACUUUUCUCUCACAUAAAAACCACUUUUCCCUGAAAUAAAAUCUACCCAUGUCUGUG